AUAAAUCGAAAUCAUAUCAUAUCAUAUCCUGUGGAAGCCUCAUGUUUACAUCCCUAAUGAUUACUGACGUGAAGUUUGUGUGAAUAAAACUGCAAAGAACGAGUAAUAAAAGAAUUUCAACUCAAGGGUUGGAUUACAGGCUAUAAUAGGAUUUGAUAUUAGCCAAUAAUAUUACGCAAUAAUAAUAUGAGGGAGCGGAUUAAUUGGGAACAAAUUAACGCAUCGUCUCUCUCUCUCUCUCUCUCUCACACACACACACUCUCUCUCUCUCUCUCUCUCUCGCUCUCUCUUUGGCACAUUUCCCUGUUCUUCCUCGUUCCCAAACUGUCCUCAAAUAAUCAGCACGACUGUCUGCGCAGUUUUAAAUCCACUGCGCCACGGAUCAUUUUGUGUAAUCUCUGAGCACUUUUUUUUUUUGUUGCUUUUUUUGCGCUAAUUGUAAUUAGAGAUACGAUGUGAUUGAAGGCUUUCACCAUGAAUCCUCACUGCGCGCGCUGCGGGAAAAUCGUCUACGCCACUGAGAAAGUGAACUGCCUGGACAAGUACUGGCACAAAGGAUGCUUCCACUGUGAGGUGUGCAAAAUGACCCUGAACAUGAACAACUACAAAGGAUACGAGAAGAAGCCUUACUGCAAUUCGCACUACCCUAAGCAGACGUUCACGAUCGUCGCAGACACGCCGGAGAACCUGCGUCUGAGGCAGCAAAGUGAGCUGCAGAGUCAGGUGAAGUACAGGAAGGAUUUUGAAGAGAGUAAGGGUCGUGGUCUCCGAUUUCUUGUAGACACACCAGAAGUGCAGAGACUGAAGAAAGCCCAGGAUCAGAUCAGUAACGCGAAAUAUCAUAAGGAUUUUGACAUGCCAGGCUUGCACGGUGUCACUCAGGGCGUUAGAGGAACUUAUCUGGUGCGGGCGCAGACGAGACCCGAGCAUCAGACGCUGCAGGGGAGCUGCGCCACACACAGAGGUGUGAAUCAGUACACCAUGGAGAUGGAUCGGAGGCCAGGUGUCAUUGUAGCCCCUGUGCUUCCUGGAGCUUAUUACCCGAGCGGUUAUAAUCAGGGACACAGCUACAUGCAUCAGACCAGCAUGCACUCCCUCAGAUCCAUGCAGCUGCAGUCGCAUCCAACAACCACGAGCGUGUACAGGGCUUUGUAUGACUACACGGCGCAGGACUGUGACGAAGUGUCGUUCCGGGACGGCGAUCUGAUCCACAACGUGCACCCCAUCGAUGAGGGUUGGAUGUUUGGGACGGUGCAGAGGACGGGCCGCUCGGGCAUGCUGCCCGCUAACUACGUGGAGGGCAUCCGCUAA